AUGCGUGGGUUUCGCCUCUUCGGACGUCGCGGGGUACGCUGGCAGCGACAUGGCUUGGCAGUUGGAUGCGUGGCAGUGAGCUCGCUCCGACACAGCACUUUGCAUGCCGAGGAGACCGGGCCGAGCUACGUUCCACCGCCUCGCUGGCGGGGUACCUUCGCAAAACUGCCAUCCCGACCUCCUGAGGGAGAGGCUGGGCAGCUUGCAUGGGCAGUGAAGCACAUGGAGGUGGAGAAGGUUCGAAGCAUCCUGGAAAAAUGGCCACAUGGUGCUGCUUUAAUUGACGAUGACAAUAACACGCUCUUCCACCUCGCAGCCGCGGAGCCUGGAAGAGCAGCGGCGCAGCCUGACAGGGCCAGUGAGGUCCUGUCCAUGCUCCUCCAGAGGGGCUGGCAAGUGGUGGACCAAAAGAAUGAAGUUGGUGAACGAGCAGAUGUCGUGGCCAACCGUGUGGACCCAAAAGGUCUGGUUGGGCGGUUUCUCAGAUCAAGGUCCCUCAGCUUCCAUGAGCCUUCCAGGGUCGAGGCCCCGCUGCAACUGAUUGGUGAAGCGUCGCCGAAACCAUGGACCUGGCAGUAUCCGGUUCAGGAUGAGCAGCGGCGAAGCUUCGCAGGGGUCAACUUCCGAGCUUUCUCGCAAGAGCAGUGCUCUCGGUGGAUGAACUUGCUGCUGGAGGAGGAUUGCUGGAUUCAGCUUCCCGGCGUGCCCCGGAAGGUGAUCUGGUAUGUUUCAGAGGACUUUGCGGACGUUCCGUACCGCUAUUCCGGACUGGAGUUUCCCGCCACGGUGUAUCCGCCGUUUAUGAGAGAGAUCUGCAAGGAGCUCUGUGAGCUUUGUGGCAUUCCUGAGGGCCAAAAGCCCAACUCCUGCAACGUCAAUGUCUACGACGAUGGCAGUCAGGAGGUUGGCUGGCACAGUGAUGAUGAAGUCUUAUUUCAGGGGCUGGCCUGCGACACCCGGAUCCUGUCGCUCUCGCUGGGUUCGGCGCGAGACUUCAGCUGGAGAUUUCAAGGCACAUCAGAAGUGCUGGGGACCGUUCCGCUCGGCGAUGGCGAUGUGGCCACGAUGGAAGGUCUCUUUCAGAAGCACUACAAGCACGCCGUGCCUGCCACAAGUCAGCCCUGUGGAAAGCGGAUAAACCUCACGUUCCGGUGGAUCAAGGUUAAGGCCGAUGGGGUUGAUGCAGGCGUGGCAGCCAAGUGA